GUGACAUUUUUGUGUCCCCACCCCAGGCCUGUCCCCGGAUCCGCUGGCUGUCCCCCGGGCCCCUCCGCGUCGUCCCCGGCCAUUUCGGGGUCCCGCGGGGGGGGCGGGACCGGCUCCGCCCCCCCCCGGGGCUGCCCCGCCCCCAGCGCCGCCUCCUCCUGCGUGACGUCAGCGUCACGUGGGCGCUCUGCGGGGGGCGGGACCUCGGCCCGGCCCCGCCCAGGCCCCGCCCCCGCGGCGCAGGCCCCGCCCCCCCGCGGGCCCAGGAGCAGCUGAUGGAGCUGUACCUGGGCAAGGUGAGCACAAAUAAAUGA